AUGUCUCCUCGGAUCCAGCUGCUAUUAGCACUCGCCUUUGCCUUCUGUAUCAAACGGAUUAUAUCUCACUUACUGGAUCCUUUGCGACUUGUUCCCGGACCGUUCUUGGCGAGAUUCUCUCGACUGUGGUAUCUUUUUAGCAGCCUGAAUGGGCGUGGCCAUGAGACUAUUUCCAAGUUGCAUGAAAAAUACGUAGGCCCAGUUGUGAGACUGUCUCCCGCAGAUUAUAGUAUCGCGGACCUCGAUGUUGCCAAGCAAAUAUAUGGACCUCGCACUGCCUACGAGAAGUCUUCCUGGUACUCAGCAUUCCGAAGCCCCGAGAAGGAAUACACCAUCUUCACCGACCAGAAUAACAAGCAUUACUCUCAAGUCCGAAGAAAAUAUGCAAACGCAUUCUCUCUAUCCAACGUAACUCAAUACGAAGGAUCUCUCAACAAAUGCCUAGGCCUACUCUGUCAGAGGUUCACCGAGAUAGCAAACGAAAAGUCCGAAUGCGACUUGUCCCAAUGGUGUCGAUUCUUUGCUUUCGAUUCGAUAUGCCAGAUGUCAAUUGGAGAUUUGAAAGUUAUGGAGCUGGGCCAAGAUCAGCAUGGGAUAAUUUCCAUGGCUCAAACGAGUACUGUUUACGGAAAUGUUGUAGGUCGCAUCCCAGAAUGGCACCAUUGGAUCUGGAAGCUCCUUCCAGCAGACAAAUCUGAAAAAGGAGCUAUCGCAUGGAUCCGCGAAACCAUGGCCAAGAAAUCACGCGGCGAAUACAACAGCGCAACAACGACAUUCACAGACGUGUGGCUCCAGCAAGAAGAAAAGAUGAGCCGGGAAGACAUCUUCCUAGGUAUUGCUGCGAGUGUUGGAGGAGGAUCGGACACAAGUUACGUGACAAUCGUGAACAUUAUUUAUCUUCUUGGGAAGCAUCCUGAGGUUCUGGAGAAAUUGCAAGUCGACAUUGACGAAGCUGUGAAACGGGAAGGCCUGAGGGAAGGCUUGAUCUCGUAUGAGACAGCCCGGCGUCUUCCGUAUCUACAGGCUGUCAUCAAGGAGUCAAUGCGGAUAAUCCCAGUUGUUGCAGUCCAGCCUCCACGUUUUGUGCCGAAGGGAGGCGAUACGCUCGCAGGCCAUUACUUCCGUGAAGGGCUGACUGUUGGUGUCAACCCGUGGUCGACUCGAAUGAACGCCAAAUAUUUCGGAGAUGAUGCACAUAUUUUCAGGCCGGAGAGGUGGUUGGGCGAGGGAGAAGAGGUGAAGCGUAAUGAGUAUUACCACAUGCCCUUCAGCAUUGGACCUCGGAGCUGUAUAGGGAGGCAUCUCGCCAUUUUUGAAAUCACGAAAGCCAUAGCACAGCUGGUCUAUCUUUUCUCUUUUCAUGUUACCGUUCCAGAAGGGGAGCUUCGCUAUCGCAGCUAUUCGCUGGUGCAACCAGACGUGCUGCGUUGUAGGAUUGAACUCCGGAGACAGUGA